AUGGCGCCCACGUUCAUGGUGUCCGCACCAGGAAAAGUCAUUGUCUUCGGUGAACAUGCUGCAGUGUAUGGCAAGCCAGCUAUUGCUGCGGCCAUCUCUCUCAGAUCUUAUCUCCUUGUCACCACCCUCACGAAGUCUCAACGCACCAUCAAACUGAAUUUCAGAGAUAUCAAUUUGAAUCAUAUAUGGAAAAUCGACUCUUUGCCAUGGGAUGCUUUUAACCAUCCUUCUAAGAAAAGCUUCUAUUACUCCCUUGUCAACUCCCUCGACUCUCAAUUACUCGACGCAAUUAAACCGCAUGCAGAGGCCGUGUCGAAGACCUUCCAGAGAAAGAGCGAAAAAUCCAUGUACAUUCUGCGACCGCCUUCCUCUACCUCUUCCUCUCCUUGGGCUCCCCGAACAGUCCUGGAUUCAUCUACACUCUUCGAUCCACCAUUCCAAUUGGCGCUGGUCUGGCGUAUUAAUCGCUGGGCAUUCGUAGGCGAGUUGUGCAUACACGGAGACCCUAGCGGGGUGGAUAAUGCGAUCUCUACAGGUGGAAAGGCCGUGAUCGUCCAGAGAAACGACCUUGAACCACCAUCCGUCACUCCUAUUACCAAGUUCCCGAAAUUACCACUCUUUCUCGUUGACACACAACAAUCUCGCUCAACGGCUGCGCAGGUAGAGAAAGUACGAACAUUAAAAAAUACUCACCCGGAUAUGACAGAGUUAAUCUUAGAUGGGAUUGGUCAACUUACAAAUUCUGCACUGGAGCUCAUCUCAUCCGCUGAUUUUACGGGCAAUGGUAUCUCUAAUACUCUCGAGCGCUUAGGAACUUUAAUCCGUAUGAACCACGGAUUCCUGGUUGCAUUAGGGGUCUCUCACCCCCGUCUAGAGCGCAUCCGCGAGCUUGUGGAUUAUGCGGAUAUUGGCUGGACAAAACUCACCGGUGCUGGAGGUGGUGGAUGUGCUAUCACACUCUUCCGACCAGACGUCAAAGAUGAAAUUAUCAAAGAGUUGGAACUGAAGUUGAGUACAGAAGGAUUUCGGAAAUAUGAGACUAUCCUAGGUACCGACGGAGUUGGGGUUCUUUGGCCUGCGGUAUUCCAAAAUGACAUCGAUGGAGAGGGUGGCAAAGAGAUCGAUCAGGAAAAGUUUGAAAAUGCUGUCGGCGUUGAGGGUAUCGAACAAUUAGUUGGAGUGAGAGCGCAAGAAUAUCGGGAGGGAUGGAAGUUCUGGACCCGAGCUGUUGUCUGA